AUGCCCUCACCAAUCCUCCGAAUGUUGCCGCCCAUUUCGGUGCGAAUCACUGGCACAUGCCUCGUGUGGUACGCGGUGUCGUCCUUCACGUCACAGUCCACCAAGGCCAUCUUGACCGUAUUUCCGUACCCGCUUUCGCUCGCACUCUGGCAGUUUUUCAUCCUGGCGGUGCUCUGUGCGGUGUUUUCAACCAUCGUGUCGCACUUUCCGGUGCUUCGCAUGCACUUUCCCAAGGGCACCGUGCCCGCACACAACGACGCCCGCGCUGUGUUGCUCUCGCGCGCGAUCUUGAAGAGCACCCUUCCUCUUGGCGUGUUCCAGUUCGUGGGAAAGUUUCUCAGUUUACAGGCCAUGUCCUUGGUGCCGGUAGCGACCGUUUCAAGUGUCAAGGCCUUGUCGCCGAUUCUUAUCGUCACCGGCUACCGGCUCGCGUAUGCGGUGCGCUUUCCGCUUGUGACGUACCUCUCGCUAGCCCCGUUGGUGCUUGGCGUGGUUAUGAUUGUGGUGGCCGAUAAGAAGCUCGAAACCGAUGAUUUGCAUGAUUUAGACCACGUAAAAGGUGCCCUUUAUGCCCUCGGGAGCGCCACCGUGUUUGCGUCCCAGAGUAUUUACGGAAAGAAGGUCUUCACCUACAACUCCCAGAACAUCGACCCCGGCACCUUGGCUCUUCACGGGAGCGUAGAGGAUGUCCAAAAGUUGCGGCAUUUGCCCGUAACGGAGGACAAUAGAGUCACUGACAAGGAAAGAGAGAUGGUGGGUCGAGAUUCCACCUACCGUCUGCGCGCCUUAUCCAUCUCCAAGCCGUUUACCGAGAGUGUGGAUAUGAUGAAUGAGUCGAUCAAACCAGAUAAGAUCACUUUAAUGAUGCACUGCCUGAUUCUUGGUUGUGGCUUCACCUCUGUCGCGUGGAUGUGUUCGGAAUUCUGGCCGCUUUGGGCAGCGCUCGGCAGCGUGGAGGUCCCAUGGCUAGCCAUGUGCGGGAACGGGUUUUGUCACUUACUCCAGUCGUUGCUCGCCUUCUACCUUUUAGGGUCGGUAUCUACCGUCACCUAUUCCAUCGCCAGUAUGUUAAAGCGUAUCGUAAUUAUCACCAUCAGCAUUUCGCUCAUGGUGAACGGCUAUGGUAUCACCCGCUACCAAGGUUUGGGUCUCGGGAUGAUUGUGUGCGGAUUGUACUGCUACGACCGCUGGGGAUCAGGGUCCAAUCGGUAG